UUUCCGUGGCGGCUGUAAGCAGCCAUCUUGAAUUUUACUCUUUGAGAAGCCGGCUCACCUUAAAAUACGCAAUUGAAUUGUGAACUGGAAGCCUUUUUUCCACGCCAUUUUAUAUAUAUUAAAAUUCUUUGUGUAUGUGUAUUCAUUAGUGAACCAGGAUUCCACUUCGGAAUGUAUUAGGAGUAUUAUUCCAAGCUUAUGUUGCGGCAGGGCCUAUAAGUCGUGCGUCCUGCUCGAGAUCCCAGUCGCAUUGGGCUCUAAAAAUGGCUCUACCAAGCCGUUCACGAGUUUAUUCAGAUAUCAACUCUCAUAAGCCACGCGAAUACUGGGAUUAUGAGUCAUAUGUUGUGGACUGGGGACAGCAAGAUGACUAUCAGCUUGUUAGAAAACUUGGACGAGGGAAAUACAGUGAAGUCUUUGAAGCCAUCAAUAUUACAAACAAUGAGAAAUGUGUAGUGAAAAUAUUAAAGCCAGUGAAAAAGAAGAAGAUUAAACGUGAAAUAAAGAUUUUGGAGAACCUGCGUGGAGGAACGAACAUAAUCACACUACAGGCUGUCGUGAAGGAUCCAGUCUCAAGAACUCCUGCUCUUAUCUUUGAACAUGUCAAUAACACAGACUUCAAACAAUUGUAUCAAACGUUAACAGACUAUGACAUCCGAUACUACCUGUAUGAAUUACUCAAGGCUUUAGACUACUGCCACAGUAUGGGCAUUAUGCAUCGUGAUGUGAAACCUCAUAACGUCAUGAUUGACCACGAAAACAGAAAACUGCGUCUCAUUGACUGGGGUUUAGCAGAGUUCUAUCAUCCAGGACAGGAGUAUAAUGUACGUGUUGCUUCGCGAUAUUUCAAGGGCCCUGAACUCCUAGUAGAUUAUCAGAUGUAUGACUACUCACUGGACAUGUGGUCUCUCGGCUGCAUGCUAGCCAGCAUGAUCUUCAGGAAAGAGCCUUUCUUCCAUGGUCAUGAUAACUAUGACCAGUUGGUACGCAUUGCCAAGGUGCUUGGAACAGAAGAAUUGUUUGAAUACUUAGAAAAAUACCAUAUAGAACUUGACCCUAGGUUUCACGACAUUCUUGGCAGACACUCAAAGAAACGAUGGGAAAGAUUUGUGCACAGUGAAAACCAGCAUUUAGUGUCACCAGAAGCACUGGAUUUCCUCGACAAGUUGCUACGAUAUGACCACUAUGAACGGCUUACAGCUAGGGAAGCCAUGGAUCAUCCUUACUUCUAUCCAAUUGUGAAAGAUCAAGGACGUAUGAACAUGGUUUCAUCUUCACCUACUCCCAUAGCAGGCUCAGGGCCUGUAGGAGGUCCAUCCCUUGCCAGCAACUCUGUGGUGAGUGGGCUUGUUCCCAGCUCUCCAAUAAUCUCUCCUGGAACUGUUCCACUCUCGGCUGCGGCUAUGCAACCCUAAACAACAUUCUGACACUGACAGUAGCAAUCGGUCAUAGCUAAUCUGUCCAGUGCAGCCUUGGGUAAAGAAUAUUACCCAGUAGACUUUAUCAAUUUUGAGGCCCCAUCAUCAGGCAGCCAUCAUAUUAUUUUUCCUGCCUGUGAAUUUAUUUUGUUUUGUAUCAGUCUUUUAAUUUCGGUGUGAAAAUAACUUUUCCGUUAUGUCUGUUAAUGUUAGACCAUUGAAAUUGGAAAUGAUUUAAAUAAAGCUAAAAUAAGAUUACCAGUUAAGCUUUCCACAUUCUACACAUCUAUUCUAAGACUAUUACUAAAACUAAUUAAAUUCUGUUUAGUCUAAAAGAAAAUUGAAAAGCCUCCGUGAAAAUGUGUGAAUGUUUGUGAGAUUAUAAGUAUGUUGUUGUAUCCAUGGAAGAAGUGACAGUGAAGAUUGUGACCAGUUCAUAUAUAGGUUUGUGUUUUGCUGAUGCAUCUACCAUUUGCAAGUGAUGGGCAAAUGCAAUGUUGCACAGAAGUGUAAAGACAGACAAGCAAUUGCAGCACGUGAACUGGCAAUAAUUUCUCUCAACUCCACUCUCCUUGUAUGACUAUGACAUUUAGUUUUGAUUUGUUGUGAGUGAAUGGAAGAAAGAGGAUAUAACCAAACAGAAUGGUGGAAAGAGUGUUCACUUAGUCUUCAGGCUGUCCGUUUCUUUUUACGCUGAAGGAAACUCCUUAAUAAUGUUAAAAUAAAAUAUUUUAGUGAUCAUUAACCAAUUGCAAAACAGAAAUACAGUUAUUGUUGAGAAAGAUGGUGAACAUGCCAGCAUAAGUGUUCUGCUGUAUGCAUAUUGUUGAAUCAACCCUAUCCCUCAUUAAACCAAUUUAUUGACAAACCACAGAUUUACCAGCAGAAGGGAGACAUUGAGCAACAAAGGUGGCUUUUAACCACAUUGACUGUUGCAGGUGCAUUCCUUCUAGCAUUUCAGAAGUUGUUCUGUUUGCUUACAGCCCUUUUUAGCCAUUGUCCCUUAUAUUUUGAACAAGUGUACCCUGCCUGUUUCAGUGGUACUGCUUGGGAGUUUUACUACCAGUACUUCCUUUUUCAGAAUACUUGCUAAGUCCUGAAAAUUACAAGCCGUUUGGGGGAAAGGCCUGUUUUCUUAUACCCUGUACUGGUGGUAUGAGUUCUUUUGUUUAUUUCUGUUGAACCAGUUCUGUGGGUUUCAAGGAGGAGCUGCAAAAAGAACUUUCUUAAGAUAAUUGAAACUGUGUUUUUGACAAUAUUGUGAAUCGUUCUGUGCCUAGAUUAGUGGCAGACUUUCAAGAUAAAAAGUUUGCAUAUUUAUUUAAUUUUAAGAAAAGAAUGUAAAUAACAAAUUUACCAUGCUUGUUAAUUGCACUGAGAUGUUGUAGGUAUAUUAUGUGCAUAUUAAAAUAUAAGUGUAUGAAUGUGUAUAAAUGCAGUUAUAGGAAUCUUUAGUUGCUUUUUGCAGCUUUUCCUGGGACAGAAUUCGAUGCUGCUGCAGUUCCAUGGUAUUGCUGACCUCUGUUCAGCACAGACUAUUUUGUGUCACAAAAAGCUUAAUGUAAUUAUUACUGCUGUAUUACCCGCACCAAAAAGGGCUGUAAUAAACAUUUUUCAUGUAAACAGUACUGUAUGAUAUGGAAUACCUGGUUUUACAUUCCUGGUUAGUGGGGUGUUUUAUAAAAAUGAAAUGUGAAUCAAAUGAAGGCUUUGUAUCACAGUGUAAGAAUGUUUCCAUUUUCUUUUAUUAUAUGCUGCCCUGAUUGGCAUAACUGUGAGAAAUGUUUGAACCUACAUGCAUAAAAGAAAGUGGUGAAGUGAUAUUUUCACCAAAUGGUGCUUCAGAGGGUGCUGGAUACUGCGGCUAUAACUUGGACCCUAUAGUCCAGCACCCGGAAUUCUGUAUAUCCACCUAUAGGUUCUUUUCUUAUUGAUAAAAAUAUUUAUGUUAUACUGUUUUAGUUUCUUUUCCACAUUUGGUUCUAUAGACUAUUGUGUGCUUUUCAACAAAAUAAAAUAAGUUGAACAUU